AUGGCAACAGAUGAUAGUCAUGAUGAUAAUGAAGGGUUAUCCAACGACGCUGGAGCAGAGGAAGUGAACGGAAAAGAUGUAGAUCAGGGCACGACCGAGAAUGAUGGACAGCAAGAAGAGAACGUAAAGAAAAAAUCUGAUCUCGCCGCCGAACUAGCCGAGGAUGAUAAAAUAACUGAUAGGAAAUGGAGAAUGCUCCUAUAUAACGAAUCCUAUCAUGAUGAUCCCGAGGGACUUCCAGAGAGACGUAAAAAAGCCAAUCGAAGGCUAGCACAAUCUCAAUCAUAUCUUAACUUAGUGGAAGAUCGUAUACUACACCUCGAAAAGUCACUUCGAAAGAUCCUUAAGGAGCCCGAACCACAACUGGAUGAGCAAGCACCAGUGUCUAUUCCACCAAGUACUGGCGUGAUUAACGAGCUUACCUGGUCAGAGUAUGGCGUGAGAGUCGACCUUGAUCCGAAAGCUAGCACGAAUACUUGGCAGCACGUAGCAGAGCUUGAUCCGACACCGAAGCCAGUAAUUGAAGUACUGAUAGAAGAGCCGAGAUAUGAUAUAAUCCGCAAAACCGAGAAGAUUCAACUUCCAGGCCAACAAAAUCCUCAAGGCAAAUUAUCGGGCCUUGAAAUGCCGAGUCAACAUGACUUUAUACCAAGUGCAGCAAGUAGGGAAAAGCCGGGGACACCUUAUCGUAUCCGAAUUAGAUCACCAAUCCUGUUAAGGGUACUUAAAGAAGUGACUGGGCUUGAGACAGUUGUUGGUCAGCACCGGCACAAGCUUGUAUUCUUCAAACCAUUCAAACUUCUAGUUGAAUAUACCGAUAAGUUACAGGACCACCUUCAAAAGAUCACUAAUAAAACUCCCCCGUCUGGCGGAUACCAUGGUGUUCCGAACGAGACAGAGACGGAAGAGGCACAAGUCCAUCUUAACCUCUUGUGCGACAUGAUACGUAAAUAUCUACAGCCUAAAGUUAACCUACGACAUCGAUUAAGUCCUAUCGGACAGAUGGUCUUUUUCGAGGAUCUUUGGUACAUAUUUAAAACUGGAGAUGAAGUACGAACGACGGGCAAGAACCAAGUUCAGCUAUAUCGUAUACUCAAAGUAACAGGUGGUCGAGAUAUUUUAAACCCGUGGAAAGAGCCUCCUACCAACCAUGCGUCGAUCAAGCUGAAAGAAGCGGGAUAUUCCACCGGAUCACUCAUUAUUGAGUGCUUCUAUAUGCACUUUGAUGGCAAGCAAUAUGGACCUGUCAACCAAACAUUUCAGAUGCCAAAGUUUGAUGGCGCAAGAGAGAUUACAUCGCUCCCAGUCAUCCCUCUCGAAAUUGAAGCUGAUAGUAAAAACCUCCGAAACGAACUACUGGAAAGGGGGAAGAAAUUUGCAGAACUAUCGAAUCCGGCUAAGACGGCGCACAAACUAUACAAGGGACUAACCCUCGAUAAACGCCCAGAGCAGGUUGAGUCCGAGGUCAUUAUUGACUUUCAGCUCUCGUUUGUUGAACAGCCAGAGAACAAGCCAGAGAUCGGGGUCGAGAACCUUGCGGAUGAUGACCCGCGAGAGCUAAAAGAUAUUUAUCCCUAUUGUUCGAUAUGUGAUGCAGUAGGGUGCUGUGGAAACGAUGUAGUUUACGACGAUUUUGAAGUUGACGAAAAGGAUCGCAACGAGUUUAGGAACCAAAAACGAUCUAUUCUUAAUUCGACGUGGCUUGUGGACCAACUAACGGACGACCAACUGGUAUUACUACCUCCCAAGGUCUUUGGCUUCGUUCUCCAUACCAGAAGAUGGGCAACAUUCGAUAUCGAUCUUCUCCGCGAAGUCGAAUACAAGAACGGCUGGAAAAACCUCGUUAUUGAUGACCCUAUCAAAGACACUAUUCUCGCAUUGGUCGAGUAUCACCAAAAGCCCCACAAUCAAGGACCCCAGGGCGAGGGUAUGCUAUCACCAAUAGACCUAGUUCAAGGAAAAGGCAAGGGCCUUACCAUCCUCCUCCACGGCGAGCCCGGCGUUGGAAAGACAAGCACUGCCGAGUGCGUGGCUGAUCAUACCAAGCGACCGCUAUUCCCAGUCACAUGUGGCGAUAUAGGGGACAAUGCGCAGCUUGUGGAGACGAAUCUCGAGAGGAACUUUCAGCUAGCCCAUAAAUGGGGUUGCGUACUUCUCCUCGACGAAGCUGAUAUAUUUCUGAGUAGACGCACAAACCACGAUAUUACACGCAACGCUAUCGUGUCAGUCUUCUUACGGACAUUGGAGUACUAUAGCGGUAUUCUCUUCCUUACUACUAACAGAGUCGGGACUAUCGACAGAGCAUUCAAAUCUCGUAUUCAUCUCUCUCUUUAUUAUCCUAAACUAAACCGAGCAAGAACUUUGCAAAUCUGGGAGAACAACCUAGACAGGCUAAAAGACGAGUUUGACAGCGAAGAGAGAGACUUUAAAUUUCCGAAAAAGGAGAUACUUAAAUACGCAGAGAAGCAAUUCAACAGAUUGAAAAAAUUGCAGCUGCGUCCUUGGAAUGGACGGCAAAUCCGAAAUGCUUUCCAGACCGCGAUCGCCAUUGCCAACUACGAAGCUAGGAGUCAGGGGAAGCCUCUUGAAAUUAGAAAAGAACACUUUGCUAAGGUCGCAGAGAGAGCUAUCGAAUUCGACAGUUACCUCAAAGAGCUUAGCCUUGGAAAAGACGACUCCCAACUAGCCCGGGACGGAAUCCUCAGACUGGACAAUUGGCCAGGCUACCCGGUAGUAACGCGUCGCGCGGACCCGAUCUACGCGUACGAGAAAAGCAACAGCAACAAGAGGAAAAAGACGGGCAAAAGGCUGGAGUCCGAGGAAGGUAGUUCGGAGGACUUCCCCUAUGAGAAUUCCAGCGAUGACGACGACGACGACGAUGGUGACGACGACAAUGAAAAUGACAGUGACGACGACUCUGGGGAUGACGAUAGCGAUGAGGUGAGAAAACCUAAAAAUAAGUCGAAGAGGAAAAAGAGGACGUCCGAUGUAGAUGAUUCAAGCGACGAGGUUCUGAAAUCUAAGCAGAAGAAAAAGUCGAAGAAGAGGAAGAGGUGA